AGUGCCCAAGUGCCGCAGACACUCGACAGUCGCCGACACACCGUCACGGAACGAGCUCGCGUCUCGUCUGUAGCUCACAAGCACGACACAUCGUCACCGUCGUUAGCCGAAGUGCGUCGGAAGCGCCAAUAUAAUAAAAAUAAUAAUAAUAUUAUUAAAUAGUAUUAGUAGKAUUUUCGGUUCUCGAAAGUGUCGUCUCGAUCACGGGGAUCGGUGCGAAUUUUUUAUCGUUAAAUUAAUUUUCUUUCGAUUUUUGUGGUUUUUUUUUAUGUGCUAGAAACGAACGCAGCAGUAUACGUCGUCGCCGGUAGACGUCGAGGUCUCCAAGCUAAUGAUCAAUGAAGUUCGGUAAUGGUGUACAAGACGUCGUUACUAGCGAGCAGUUUAGAUUAUGCUGACAAGACGCAACUGGCUACUACGACUGAGCGUCGUUUUGAAUGUAGCUGUAUUGUUCUAUUUCGGGUCCUACUUGACCAUCGGAAAUGGAAACUCAGAAAUCGUGGAGGAGGUGCAGAUGUCCGGAAGGAACUUGGCCUCCAUCGCCGAAGCCUCUCAAAACGGGGAAAAAGAAACGGCGGCGUACUUCUACCAGAGCGCGUCCGGCGGAUCAGCCAACUAUCCUGAGUUAGCGCUUUUGGGCAGCAUACAGCCAAUCGCUGGGCAACCACAGCAACAGCAACAACAACAGGGUUCAUCUGCCCAAACACCCGUUCAAGGGACGACGUUGCGGGACGAUGGUCAUGUGAUGCGCAUCAAACCCAAAACAGUGGUCGCCGCGGCCGAAUCGUUGGACGCGGCCGACACUUCGUCCGCUUCAGGCGGUGGCGGAUCGGCGGCGGCCGCGCCGGCGGAAUCGUGGACGCCCGAAAAAAAAGACGCGCCAACACAACAGCAGCAGACGUCGACCACGACGACCACAUCGGCGACGACCACCGCCGGCACGUCGUUUGUGGCCGCCGUGGCCAUGGCGAUGACAAACACGGCCGUGGUACAACAGGUCCGACCACUCCGCGAGCUGCUCGGCUGUCAGGACAAGUCCAAUCGCCGGCGGAUCGCUCAGCGUGGCGAUUAUUGGGUGCUUUACAACUACGUGCCGGCACGCCGAUGGUUCCGGUGCGAAGAGUCCAUCACGUACACUACGCACGCCGACUUCACGUUCCUCGACAAUCUGGAACCGCUUUUGGACAGGUGGCGAGGACCAAUAUCGGUGGCGCUGUACACGCCGGGCAACGACUUCGUGCCCACGCUGGCCUCGAUCCGAUACUUAAGGCAGUGCGGUUCGCCGCUGGUGGCCGAGUACGUCACGUUCCACAUGUACUUCGGGUCGGGGCACGUGCCCAAGUCGGUGCCGCACACGGACCACGACAUCGACGCGCUGGUGGCCAACUGUUCGGCACCGCCGCCGUGGACGAACGCGACGACCGCGUACAAGGGCCAGAAGAAGCUGCUGUAUCCGGUGAACGUUGGCCGGAACGUGGCCCGCGAGUCGGCCACCACGCACUACGUCCUUCCGUCCGACAUCGAGCUUUACCCCAGCCCGGGCGUCAUCGAUGGGUUCAUGGACCUGGUCCGGAGACAAGACCCGCCACUCCGGCGCCCGAAGCCAAUGGUGUUCCCGUUACCGAUAUUUGAGCUGGCGUCGCACAUGAAAUUGCCGGCUGACAAAAAAGAGCUGGUGAGUAAAAAAAUAUUAUUUUUUUUUAUCAAUCAAAAACUGUCCACGACAUCAGCUCUGGCCAUAUUCGACGUGACAUUACAUUGCAAAUGA